UUAGGAGGGCGUGUCUUGAGUAGGAGGGGCGGGGCGCGGCUGGAGGAGCUUCCUCUGCGUGUGCGGGGGCUGGCGGAGCCCGAGAUGAGGUUCUGGCUGCGUGGAGUCGGGAAGGGGCGUGGCUUGAGGGAAUCCCUUCUCUGCUGCGGCGUCUCUGUGGCUCCACGGGGAGAAGAAAGAAAGCAGGGAGCAGCACGGAGACUGCACGAUUUGGUGUCUCUGCGGUUGCGUAGAAGCAGGGCGGGCGGGGCUAGGGCCGCGGGGGGCGGGGCUUGGGGAGCGGUGGCUCUGCGGCUGCGCAGUGUGGGCUGCGGAGCUCCCCCGCCGCUACGCGGGAGACGUCGGUUGUUGACUCCUCGUUCCGCGGACUCCGGCUUGCGACGUGCUCCGGGUUGGGAGAGCUCUUAGGGGACUCCCUCGAGUGAGAGUCGGGGCCGGGCUUGGGGAUCCCGGCUGAUGUCUGCUUAAACCCGAGGAUCACCUGGUGCAAGUUGCUGCUGUGGAAACAGCUGGAGAAACAACCACCCAGGGCCCCUAGAUGUGCAGCCAGCCCCACUCAGUGCACCAAAGCUUCAUCCUUCAUGGAGACCAGCUCCCUGCCAGAAUGGCAGUGGAGGAGAUCAGCUUCCAGAUGGUCCCCUCCCAGCAGCCUGGGUCAGGACGUGGAUUGCAGAGAGCCCACCUGGUAGGAAGUCUCAACCUCCAUCUUCCCUCCCAGGCAGUGCAGUAUGGUGAGAGUCCGGAGGAAGAAGCUCUGGGCAUCCUGCCUGUGUAUCACAGUAGCCUCCUUUCUCCUUGUUUCCUUCCAGGUGGUCAGUGAGCUUGGCAAAUUUGAAAGGCUGAAGAUAGAAAACUCCAAUCUGAAAGAUGGGAAACAGAAGCCUGAAGAGGCCACCAAACAUCUCCAUCCAUUCCUUAAGAAGGGACUGUACCAGAGUAAGAGGAGGGGAUCCAAAGCAGAUAGCUAUCCCAUCAUGCUCUGGUGGUCCCCACUGACUGGGGAAACUGGGAGGUUGGGUCACUGCGGAGCAGACACCUGUUUUUUUACCAUCAAUCGGAGCUACCAGCAUCACCAUCUGACCAAAGCAUUCCUAUUCUAUGGAACUGACUUCAGCAUAGACAGUUUGCCUCUGCCUCGGAAAGUCCAUCACGACUGGGCCCUCUUCCAUGAAGAGUCUCCUAAAAACAACUACAAGCUCUUCCACGAGCCAGUCAUCACAUUGUUCAACCACACAGCGACGUUCAGCCGCCACUCUCACCUGCCCUUAACCACUCAGUACCUGGAGGGCGUCGAUGCCCUGAAGUCCCUCAGAUACAUGGUUCCCUUGCAUACCAAAAACAGCCUGCGGCAGCGCCUGGCCCCACUGGUCUAUGUGCAGUCCGACUGUGACCCGCCCUCAGACCGGGACAGCUACGUGCGGGAGCUCAUGACCCACAUCCAAGUGGACUCUUACGGCGAGUGUCUUCGAAACCGAGACCUCCCUCCGCAGCUGAAAAACCCAGCCUCCAUGGACGAUGAUGGCUUCUACCGCAUCCUCGCCCAGUACAAGUUCAUCCUGGCGUUUGAGAACGCCGUCUGUGACGAUUACAUUACCGAGAAGUUCUGGAGGCCUCUGAAACUCGGUGUGGUCCCUGUGUACUUUGGCUCGCCCAGCAUCACCGACUGGCUCCCCAGCAACAAGAGCGCCGUGCUGGUCACUGGCUUUUCCCACCCCAGAGAGCUGGCCAGCUUCAUCAAGCAGCUGGACAAUGAUGACAGAGAGUACGAGGCCUACCUAGAAUGGAAGCUAAAGGGCGAGGUCUCCAACCACCGGCUUCUCACAGCCCUGAAGGAGCGUAAGUGGGGGGUGCAGGACAUCACCCAGGACAACUACAUCGAUGCCUUCGAGUGCAUGGUGUGCAACAAGGUGUGGGAGAACAUCCGGCUGCGGGAGAAGGGCUUCCUCCCUAAGAGGUGGAACGCAGAGGUGACCCACCUGAGUUGCCCCAAGCCCCAGGCUUUUGCCUUCCCAGUCCCAGCUCUGCAGUGGACUUCUCUUCGGGAGAUGUGGAUUCCGAGUUUUGAACAGUCCAAGAAGGAAGCCCGAGCCCUGCGGCAGCUGGUGGAAAAGAAUCAGAAUUUCACCGCACAAGAGUUUUGGGCCCUGGUGUUCAAAGACUGACUUCCUAGGGUUGUCAAUUUGGAGCUACACCAUAGCUUUAGGCCCUACCCAGACGUGAGCCCUAGAGGUGACGGUCUUUGCCUUGUGGGUGUGGGGUGCUGCUCUCUAGGUUGCCUUAAUAACAUUGUAAGUCAAUAAUAAGAAAGUUGUUUUGUUAACUUAUACUCUAGCAUAGAAAUUAAUUGGUGCAGUACCCCUUAUAUUUUUAUACUAAAAAAUGUAUUUCUUGUUUUGUCCACUUUAAAUGGGUAGAUUAAGAUUCCCGCUGCCUUUAUGUUGAUAUCUCUGUCAGUGGACUGUUCCCUUUUCUGUGCCUGGGGCAGAUGGCACACUCUGUGUCAGUUGUUUCUAUCCUCAGAAAGACCAGGUCAAGGAUACUGGGCAGCUGCCUUUCCGGAAGCCAUGUUUGAAUAAGAAAGACCUAAGAGCCUGCUCUUGGGAAGUCCUAUCUCUGGUAUCCAGGGAGCCCUGCAAAGUCUAUUCACCAUGUUUUUAAGAACCAUUCAAAGCUCUGCAUAAGUGUGUGAUUUGUAUUUCUAGCCAUGUUGAGAACCCGAGUGUCACACAACUGGUGUGACAGAGAGAACGUUGGAUCUGGAAUCAGGAAAUCUGAAACUUUUUAGUUCUGUAACCCUCAGUAACCCUUCUGGGCCUCUGGUCCCUCCCCUAGAAAUGAGCGAUAAUAAUACCUAUUUCACAGGGUUCUUGUGAGGGGCAGGAACAUAAGCUUAUGUGUAUGAACUUUAAGAUGCUCCAAGAAUUAGCAUUAACCCCUCCUUGUCCCCCCCAAAAGCAUCUGGGUAAAGCUGAAGAUUGUGCCUUCUGGGUUUCCUGGCUCCAGAGGAUCCUCGAAAGUUAGAGCUGAAAGAGGCAUGGAGGCCAUCAUCUUGUAAAGAAGGAAACUAAGGAGAGGCAGGUGGCCUGGCAGGGGACAGGGUCGGAGAUUGGGAGUUGGUGCGGAUCCUGAUCCUUUCCUCCUCUCAGGGGGCAGACUCUGGGCCGUGGUUGAGAGAGUCAAAUAAUCAAGAUCUCAGCUUACAGAAUAUUGCACUCUCAAGGAAGAGGUCCAUCAAGGCUGUGGCUUUCCCCUCUUGGCAGCUGGCUAUCCAACUUUGACUGUCCCUGCUGAAACCCCAAGAAAAGGCUCCCCGUUAAUCUCUCCUUGCGCAGGAGAAGGGAGCUCGAGUGAUUAAUUUCAUAAGGAGGGAAAAAGGACAUGGUAGUAGUGCCCGCUCUGCCAUUCCCCAGCCAAACAAGGCCCUGCCUUUUCUUGAGCCAGUUUCCUAAAUUCUAACAAAGCCAUCGGAUCAGGUCAUUUUCAAAGUGGUUUCCAGGUCUACAAUCUUUUAUAAUAUUAAUAGCUAGUGGUUGCGCAGCACUUGGAGGUUUGGGAAACUCCUCACCUCUGCAGAGUGAAUUUUAGAAAUCUGAGGUUCAGAAGUAGGAUGCCUGGAGUUUUAGUCAAAGAUGAGCAGCUUCAAGGGGGCAUCCAGGGAUGAUGGGCAGAGUGCUGGGUCUGGCAUCAGGAGACCUGAAUCUUGCUCUUCUUUAGUUGUUGCCUUUAGGUCUGCCCACUGUUAAGCCUCAGUUUUUUCAUUUGUAAGAUGGGUUUAGCAUAUUUGUAGUUUCCUUUCCAGGCUUGUGAAGAAAUGCCCUUUGUAUAUUGUAAAAUGCUGUAGAUACUACAGUUGUGGAGAGUGGAACAAAUAGAGGGAUGUCAUUCUAAAGCUUUUGCAAAGGGAUAUAUUUACUAUUGGGGGGCAGCCAGGUGGAUAGAGCACCAGGCUUGGAGUCAGGAAGACUUGAGUUCAAAUCCAGCCUCUAACACUUAUUGGUUGUGUGACCCUGAGCAAGUCACUUAACCCUAUUUACCAUAGUUUCCUCAUCUCUGAAGUGAUUCUAAAGAAAGAAAUGGCAAACCACGUUGGUAUCUGUGCCAAGAAAACCCCAAAUGGGAUCAUGAAGAAUAGGACAUGACUGAAAAACAACUGAACAUUUACAGAUAUGUCAAGAACAAGUGAAAACAUUUCUCACCCAACAUUUGGAGGCACACUCCUCUAUGCACUUCAUUCCCUGGGAAAAGAGGAUCAAACUUAGAGCAAAUGCAGCAAAGUAUCCCUACUCUCCCUUCUCCAUAUUCACUUCUGAAUGCAGAACGGCCUAAGGACAGAGUUGAUCCCUUGCUUAUCAGACCUGACACUUUCACUCUGGGGUCAAGCCUCAGCUGAUGGGGGACCUGGUGGCUUAUCCAGGCUGUGCUGGUGGAUUGGUCUCAGAUAGAACUAGAGUCCGUGCCAGGGCUGGGAGAUAGCUAAGGCUUCUGGUGGCUCUCCCGACCUGUCAGAGUCCAGUCUUCCAUCCAGCCCAUUCUAUCUUCAGUAUUCCCCCAUUCAGUAUUUAUUCAGCAUAACCCAAGACAGAAAGGGGACAACAAGCAACACGGGCCAUGGGCUCAGGCUCCAUGGUGGCCUGGGUAGGAAAGGAGGCCACUAGUGUUUAGUAACAGCCUGCACUAGGAGAGAGAGAGCCCAAAGCCCUGGAGGCCCAAGAAACUCAUCUCAUAGCUGAACUUCAGGGAAGGAAAGAGUGUGCUGGCCUUUUUCGAAAAGCCCAGGAAGCAGAGUUUUCCUUGGAGGCAGUAAAAAGUUGUUAGUAGGGUAUAAAGAUCAAACGUGUGCCAAGUUCUCUUUAUGCCCAACACUGGGGAGCGUACCCAGUGACACGGUGGGGGCAGGACCAGUCCAGGCUGUUCUAUUGUGUGCCUGUCAUUCAUUUCACAUUACUAAGGGGAAAGGAGGGAAGUUGCUCAUCUGGCCACCCCCAACCCACUAGGGUGCCUGGAGGGCUCCAGCUGGUACCAAGCAGAAGCUUCCCCAUCUCAGAGCCUAUUAUCCCCAACCUUCCUCCUUUCCCCUCUUCUGAUGGAGGGAACCCAAGAAUCUCUCUCCACUGCAGCUUUCAGUCUGAGGCUUCCUUUACCAGUGUGGAUGGGGAGACUUCCUGAUGUAUCCUCAAGGAUUCCUGGGCCUUGCCGUCUGCAUUGUAGCUACACUGUUGUCUUCUGCACUUAGAAUGUGAGCUCCUUGAGGACAGGGGUGGUCUUUUUUCUGUUUAUAGCCUCAGCCCUUGGCACAGUUUAUAUUUCCUGAGUGCUUAAUAAAGGCUUUUUCAUUCAUUCAUCUUUAAA